UCCUUUGUGUCUUGCAGCUUUCUUUACCAAGUCACUUGUACAAGCUCCUUGGAAGAGAUCUCAUCACCAUGGCUCCCAAGAAGGCAGAACCCAAGAAGAUUGAACCCAAAAAGGUUGAACCCAAGAAGGAAGUGGCCAAGCCUGCUGCUGCUCUUGCUGCUGCUCCUAUUCCACAGCCAGAACCUAAAGCACCCAAGGAACCUGAGUUCGACCCCAAGAGCAUCACAAUUGAAUACGCUGCCGAUCAGAUCGAGGAGUUCAGGGAAGCCUUCAGCCUGUUUGACCGAACCCCUACUGGCGAGUUGAAAAUCUCCUACGCUCAGUGUGGCGACGUCCUGCGCGCUCUGGGACAGAACCCAACCAACACUGAGGUAUUGAAAGUGCUCGGCAAACCCAAACCAGAAGAGAUGAACAGGAAAAUGAUGGAUUUCGAGACCUUCCUCCCCAUGCUGCAGCACAUCUCCAGGUCCAAGCAGCAGGGCAGCUAUGAGGACUUUGUUGAGGGUCUCCGUGUCUUUGACAAAGAAGGCAAUGGCACCAUUAUGGGCGCAGAGCUCCGCCACGUGCUGGCCACUCUUGGGGAGAAGAUGACAGAAGAAGAGGUGGACCAGCUUAUGGCAGGUCAUGAGGAUGCCAAUGGCUGCAUUAACUAUGAAUCCUUCAUCAAACACAUCUUGUCUGGUUGAAAGAACUUACAAAGGACUUUGCCUGUGACCAAGCUGAAAGAAAGCAACCUGAAAGACUUUAUUGAAACCUGUUUCUGUGACUAUUUGUUUCAUCUUUACAUUUCCCAGAUCAUGAGCGUUUAUUAACAAAAUUUAGAACCAAAGAUGGCCUUUUGGUCAGCAUGUUUGCCCUGCUGUUUUGUAUAAAAUGACUCAUAAAUACAUAAAUAAAGUUCCCCUUGUUGCCUAA